UUUCUCUGAAUUUUCUAGGUCUCUGUGUAAAAUAUGGAUCGUGAGGCAGGAGAGGACUUGUUUACGUAUGGAAGCUUGGGAACUCUCAGCCGCUGGAGGAAAUUCCUCUGUGGUCCUCGGAAUCUCACGCUCAAAGAUGUAUUUACAUGGCAGCUCUUCAAAACUAUUGUAAUGGGUCAGGCCCUGUCCAUGCUGAUAUGUGGGACGGCAGUUACAUGUCAGUAUCUGGCAGAUGCUGGGGUAGAGACGCCAAUGCUGCAAAGCUUUCUCAAUUACACCUUGCUGCUGCUCACCUAUACUUUAGCCUUAGCCUUCAGGAGAGGUGAAAGUAAUAUUGUUCAAAUUCUAAAAACAAAGUGGUGGAAGUAUUUUCUGAUGGCUUUUACGGAUGUGCAAGCCAACUACACUGUUGUAAAGGCAUACCAGUUCACUACGCUUACAAGUAUACAGCUGCUGGACUGUUUUGUUAUCCCGGUUCUGAUGGUGCUCUCGUGGAUCUUCUUGAAGACUCGCUACAGACCAUUGCAUUUUGUAGCUGUGGCCGUGUGCUUGUUUGGGGUCGGGGCGAUGGUGGGAGCAGAUCUGCUGGCGGGGAGAGACCAAGGCUCAAGUAGUCAUGUGUUGUUGGGGGAUGGACUUGUGUUGAUCAGUGCUGCUCUGUAUGCAGUGUCUAACGUCUGUCAGGAAUACACUGUGAAAAACCUGAGCAGGGCGGAGUUCUUGGGCAUGAUAGGGCUCUUUGGGACCCUCAUCAGUGGUGUGCAGAUGGCUAUACUUGAAUCCAAAGCUAUACCUGUCAUCAGCUGGAACUGGAGAAUAAGCCUGCUCUUUGUUGCGUAUACUCUGUGCAUGUAUGGGCUGUACAGUUUCAUGCCUGUCAUAGUGAAGAUGACCAGCGCCACUGCUGUAAACCUCUCGCUGCUGACUGCUGACCUUUUCAGCCUCUUCUGUGGCAUUUUCCUUUUUCACUACAAGUUCACAGGCCUCUAUAUCGUGUCUUUUGUGGUGAUCACACUUGGUUUCAUCAUGUUCAACGUCGUACCGACCUACACUGGCGAUCAGUCGUAUGCCACUGAUGACGAGGUGUAUCAUCUUGCUUCAUCUGCUGAUGUCCAACAAGAGGGAGCCGUAGAUCGGCUGCAGAAGGAAGGGCAUGAUCUGGAUAGAACAGGGUCCAAUCACAAAGCACAUUGCAAUGGGCACUAUUCCCUGACAUAAAGCUCUACAAUGUACAGUAAUGGAUUUCACAGAUU